UUGCAUUGCAAUACAGUACAGUGUUCUGCACACAAAUGGAAUCUUCAACUGCAGGAAGAACUCGGAAGAUGUCUAUUUUGGGGGUUGAAGUCCCUACCGGAGAAAGAUUCAGUAUUCUCAAUCUGAAUGUUAAAAUUGACCCUUCCUGGGUCUUCCAAGAGAUAGAUGUCACAGAGAAACUCAGCGGGGAUUUUGAGGAAAUGACGGAUACCGUUAAAGAUGAUGUCUUGAAUCACCGAAUCAAACGGCGGGAAAUGUCAGAAGAAAGACAGGCGGAGGUUAUUGACAAGUUCGUAAAGACCGAAUCUGUGCUUCGAAACAGAAUUGAAGAGUUGGAGCUGUCAGAGAAGAAGCUUCUGGAAAUAGCUGAUCGCCUGAAUGCCCAAGUAAACCUGGAAGAAAAGACGUUUCUAAGCGCUCGAGAGAAACUUCGGGAGAUUCUUGGAGAACUCACAGACCUGGUUCAAGGAAAAGAACGAGCCGGAAAGAUUCCGGCGGAAAAAUUCCGAAGGCUGCAGGAACAGUUGAUGGUGAAAGAUGAAGAGAUGAAGAGCCAGUCUGAGUAUUUUGAGCACUACAAGCAAAACCAAAAGCAGCAGAUGGCCACAUUGGAAGAGCAAAGACGAUCCCUUCAGGCCCAGGUGAUGUGGCUGGAACGGCAAGUCCAGGUUCAGAGCGUUUCGAUGGCGUGCCUCGUCGCCCAACUUGGAGAUGGAGCGCUGCAGUGUCUCCGUUCCCAGAUGGGCACCAUGUUGGGAGAAAUGCCAAGUCUCUGUCCGGUGCCCGAAGAUGCGGCUACGACGAGAGCUUUCUUUGAAGACGGUGAGGCUCCUGACAAAAACCCCUGGGAAAUCCUGCAGGAGACUCUGAAGCCGUUACUUGAAAGAUUACAACGUGGUAGGAGCGAAAAAGAGGAACUCUUAAAUGGACUUGAGAAAUCACGUGACACCGAAGACUUUCUUCUGAGGAAAUUAGAGGAUUUUCGCCACCACAUCUAUGAGCUGAAGUUGGAGAGCCAGCUCCAGGAGCAGGUGGAAGAGCUUGAAAUGCAAAAAAAGGAUCUGCAAGAUCAGUUGGAAGCCGAGGGGCAAAAGGAAAUAGAAAAGCCAAGUGAAGCGACAGGUCCAAGUGGGACAGCUUAUGUAGCUGGUUUUGAUUUGGAUCCAGUCAUGUUCAAGAAAAUUGCAGAGCUCUGUGAAACGAUUCAUGAUUUUUUGGAAACCCAAGAUCUAAAAGGCAGAUCCAAAGAUUUACAGAUUCUACUCACUUCUUUGACAUCACAACUGAAGAAAAAGCAUCUCCUCUUGCAGGAUGAAUUUUUGCAUUUGAAGAGAGAGGCUGUAUUAGAUCCCCAUAGAAACGAAGCUUGUCAAACGACAUUCUUCAUGCCGGAGGCCAAGGACCAAUCCGAUGUUGGAGGGAUGAGGUCACAGAGUGGAAGGAAGAAAGCUUGGCUCAGUGGUGCCGAAGGAUUCUUGAUCUCAGACUCAGAUGCCUUGGAAGAGACUCCUGGAGAACUCAGAAUGACUGACAAAGACCAGAUCAGUUUGAACGACCAGAAGUUAAGAGGACCAGCUGAUGUACGUGGACUUCCUCUGGUCCAGGAUAAAGAUGGGCAAGUCUUCUUGGAGCAGCGAAAAAACUCCAGAAGUCAACAAAAGAUGAGAGAUGAAGAAUCUCUCUCGCUCUUGGAACAGUCAGUGAUCAGUCCAUGUCCCGUGAGGGUGGCCAUUGCUGUUCUUCCACAGUUUGGUAAGAGGGAGAAAGCCACGCAAAUAGAGCCAAAAUGUCAUAACGCAUCUAAGGAGAAUUCAGCAUCUGUGCGCCAAGUGCAUGAAAAGCUGAGUUGGGAAUGUGAUGGAGACUCUUCAUUCUUCCAAGGCCUCCAAUGUCCUCUGAAAGAAGAGAAAGCUGGAAAGAUUUUGAAACCUCAGGAAAUCACUUUCAAUAGCAGAGAUGGAGCCAUUAAACAUGAAGAUGAAGUGCAAACCCAUGUGGAAAGUGAGGACAUGCUCCUACUACCUGAAGGCAGAAAGAAAGAAAACCAAUCAAAUGAUGAUAAAAAUCAACCCAAUUGGGAAGAAAAAAUGGAGUGGGGUGGGAAGGAGAAAAGCCGGUUCUGGGAAGCUCCUUGUUUGUCUGAUCUCCUGAUCACCUCUAAACAAAUGAAGAGAAGCACCUCUAUGGAAAAGGACUGUGGAAAACAUCUUGAAGUUUUCCCAGAGGCUCAAGGGAAUGGAGAGGACUCGAUUGAAGCUACUAAUCUCCUGGAAGACCAAGGAUCAGCAUCUAGGAAAACAUCUCAGUUAGGUGAGGGAAAACAGUUGUUUCAAAGUGGCAUUGUUCCUUAUGGGCCAAACAACUUGGAUGAAGAGGAAGGAGCAGAGAAAACACCUUCUGGAGAAAUAGCACCUUUUUACAGUAGUGAUCCACCUCAAGGUGUUCAGAAUACAUUUGCAUUCAAAGAGGAAAAGGGCAAACACCUUCUAAAAAUGUCUCUUACUGACAAACAAAACCUCCCACCAUUAAAUGCAAAGACAUCAUUACAAGGAAGGCAAUGUGAAAAUCCUUCAAGUAGAAGCACCCUAAUGGAAGAGCAAAGUAGAUGUUCCCUCAAAAUAGAGUUGCUAGAAGAAAUCAAGGAUCUACAUUAUCAGCAAAUAUCAGCAUUAAAGGUAGAGAACGAGAGAUACGGUCAGAAAAUUUGGAUGCUGGAGGAAGAAAACAGAGAUUUGUCUAGAGCUUUGGGUGCCUUAGAGGAUACAGUCCACAUUUAUUCUCAACAAAUCUGGGGAAACAAUGAAGCAGGUGUUGAUUUUCCAUUUAACUCGUUUGCCUCGAUGGAAAAGCAGGAGAGAGAUGAUGGCAAGACGAUCAUGAACAAGGACAGAUACCUGGGAACAGUUUGUGUUAGUGAACAAACAGUUUCAGAAGAUCUGGGUGCAAAAGCAUCCCAAGAUUCUAAAUCCACAGAAUCACCAAUUCUGAUGAAUAAACCUCCCCAGCCAAUCAAAGGUCCCGAACAGGUAAAGACCAGUUUCGUUCAGUUUUUGUCUGAUCUGGCAAAAGAGAGAAGCAAAUGUUUCCUUGAAAAAGCCCAACUUCAGAAGGAUCAGGAGAAAUAUCAGAAAAAAGUUUGUUCCCUUGAGGAAGAAAAAGCAAGACAUUUGCAAAAGAUAGCUGCACUUGAAAAAGAUCAGAACGUCAUGGCUGGAAACGUGUCUCGGUUAAAAACGGAAUUAGACCUCUACCUGGCCUUGAUUUCUGACCUUGAGGAUUGCAAUGCCAAAUGUAACCAACACAUUUCUGAACUCCAGGAAGAAAAUGUCACCCUGAAGGCCAGGAAGAACAUUAUCCAGGAAGAUUGCCUGGACCAAGCUAUGGCAGUCACAAAGCAGUUUGUGCUGGAAAACCAUGAACUGAAGAUGUUAAUAUCUGAUCUGGGUUUGGGCUAUAGGACUCUGAUCACAGAUGCAGUGGCAGGAAUAGAAGACAUCGUGCACCGUCUCCAAGAAGAAAACGAGCAGCUCUUACUCCGGUUACACGCUAUGGAAACUCACCAAGAAACCGAACACACUGAGCAUAGGGAACAGCUUACAAACAAUAAUGAACAAUUGGCUGGAAACCUUAGGCAAGUGUUGGAUGAAGUAAAGACCGAAGACAAAGGGGUACAGACCACUGUACCCCCAAGCUACCACCCUUCAAAAGAAUUUGGUACUUCCCCAGAGGGAGAGAGGAUCUUUUCUAGAGGAAAAUCGCCAGUGAUGUUGUCCAUGCCCCGUGAGCCCUCUACCUAUUUGAUCGAUGAUGCCAGAGGGCUUGCCUUCUUGGAUCGGGAGAACUGUGCGUUACCCAGUGUGUCUCAAGACAGCCUCGAAGGAGCUGCUAUGAAAAAGGCAAAUUUUGUGGCAAAAAAAGGAGCUGGAUUUCAAGAUAAAGUAUCGAAAACCCUAGGCAACAUCCCCAAGACUCAGAGGAGUAUCAGGAGAUUUGGCCCUUCUCAAAGAAGAUAUGAAGAGGUCAAAAGCCAUUUUCAACAUGGAUCAUCUGAAUUACAGCAUCUUCGGAGAGUGGAAGGGGGAGCAGAAAUUGCAGAGACGGCUUGCCAAGCAGACUUCGAAUGUGAGAAGACACUGCGUUUAAGAGACACUCCUGGAAAACCUUGACCUAUCCGUUCCGUUCCAAAUCAGCGUUCAGACCGUGGGUUCAUGUGAUUUGCUUUCGGAGAAGCAGCAUAUCAAGUUCAAUCUUCAGGCAAACAAAGACACUUCAUCGUCUGCAGCCGGACAUUUGACUGAAGACCCCCGAUUGGACAACAUUUCUCCUUAGG